CGAGCGAAUUCCCAGCCAUCGUGUUGUGUUCAUCUGGAGGUGUUUGUCUCGCUCGGUCUGUGUCGAGUUUAAUGUUCCACGCAGAGCUUCUGAAGUUCACUCGUUCCCAGACACAGUACAGGAGACACAAUGCUGCAGAACACAGGGAAGCUGGCAGGAUAUACCAUCUUCAUUACCGGAGCGAGUCGAGGUAUUGGCAAGGCCAUUGCUCUCAAAGCUGCGCGGGACGGAGCCAAUGUGGUCAUCGCUGCCAAAACCGCUGAUCCUCACCCCAAACUGUGGGCACCAUCUACAGCACAGGACUCGCUUGAGCUUACAUACCUUUACAUUCGGACACGACAGAGACCAACAUUCAAAAUUGAAGCUGCUGGAGGGAAAGCACUGCCGUGCAUCGUAGACGUUCGUGAUGAGAAGCAGAUCAAUAAUGCCGUGCAACAAGCUGUGGAGAAAUUCGGAGGGAUUGACAUAUUGGUCAACAACGCCAGUGCCAUCAAUUUAACAGGAACUCUGGACACUCCAAUGAAGAAAGUCGACCUUAUGCUGGGCAUCAAUCUUGGGGAACGUACCUGACGUCUAAACUGUGCAUCCCACAUCUUCUGAAGAGCAAGAACCCUCAGCCCUCCUCUAAACCUCAAUCCCAUCUGGUUCAAAAACCACACGG